AUGGAGUCUAUCGAUACAUCGUCACUUACCGAUCUGAACAAAGAAUAUGAUUAUAUUGUUGUUGGCGGCGGGACAUCGGGCUUGGUCGUAGCCAGUCGAUUGACUGAGGACCCCUCAUGCAGUGUCCUCGUUCUCGAAGCAGGAAAGAACCAGGUCAAUGAUCCCCGAAUUGCAGCUCCUGGUCUGGCAGCGACCCUUUAUUUCGACCCAGACUUUGACUGGUGCAUCACCAGCACACCCCAGGAAAACCUCAACGGACGAUGCGUUGCCCAGCCUCGCGGACGAACACUUGGUGGUUCCUCAGCCAUCAACCUUGGAAUGGCUAUCUACCCCAGUCAAACUGAUAUCGAUCUCUGGGAGAAGCUUGGCAAUGACGGUUGGAAUUGGGAUUCAUUGUCGUCAUAUUUGAAGAAGUCGCAAACUUUCACCCCGCCAUCUGCUGAGAUCAAGGAGCAACUAUCAUUGGAUUAUAUCGACCCGUCGGUCCAAGGUGAAUCGGGUCCACUUCAGAUUUCCUUUGGCGAGGGACCUUUCCCGUCAUUUAUUGGAGCAUGGCCCAAGGUAUUCCAGACCCUCAAUCACGAAAUCAGCGGAGAUCCAAUGUCAGGAGUAGCCAGAGGUGCGUUUUGCAACCCAGCCACUAUCCAUCCCACUACCAGAGCUCGCAGUCAUGCUGGCGUGACGUACUACAACUCCGAAGUGGCGAAGCGAUCGAACUUGAGAGUCGUUACCGAAGCCUUUGUGCAAAAGGUUAUUUUGGAGAAUGAUGAGAAUGAUGAUAAGGCAGAUGCCAAGGCUACCGGCGUCCAGUUCACUGGCAAGGAUGGCAUUGAGCAGAUUAUUUCCGUCAAGCGGGAGGUCAUUAUGGCUGCUGGCGCUAUCAAGACCCCCCAUCUCCUCGAGCUAUCUGGUGUUGGUGACGGUGCUCUUCUUCGUUCCCACGGUAUGGAGCCCAUUGUCGAGAACUCCAAUGUUGGAGAGAAUCUCCAGGAACAUGGUUUCGUCCCAUUCAGCUGGGAGGUUGCUGAAGGGCAGAUGACUGCCGAGGCUCUCAGAAACCCCGAAAUUGCAGGUGCAGCCAUGGCAGCCUGGCAAGAAUCUGGAGCUGGGCCCCUCGGUGUCUGUCCCCUUGUAUCUGCAUAUAUGACUCUUCCAGAGCUGGCAGAUGGUGAGUUACAAAAUCUCUUGGAUGAAAAUCUCCAAGACCAAAAAUUAUCACCGGGGUUAAAGGCCCAAUACCAAUUACAGCGACAAAUGUUGGAGGACGAGAUUGAGCCUAGUGGACAGUAUACUUUGGCACCAUUCCAAAUCCUCCCCGACAAAGGACCAAGUCCGAAGGGCAUCUUUGGCAUGACAGAGCCAGAGAACUUCCUCAGUAUUGUCUCCGUGCUUAACCGACCUUUCUCUCGCGGAAGCGUGCAUCUCACUUCUCCAGACGCGAAAGAGAACCCCGAAUUCGACCCUGGCUUUUUCUCACACCCUCUGGAUCUGGAGCUUCACGCGCGCCAUGUUCGUUGGCUGGAAACGCUCGCUUGGACCGAGCCUUUGGCUGCACUAUUAAAACCUGACGGUCGGCGCUUGCAGGAAUCAUCUCGCGAUAUGACUCUUGAGACCGCCCGCGAACUGAGUCGUGAUAGAAUUAUCUGUCAUUACCAUGUAGCGGGUUCGACUGCCAUGAUGCCUCGUGAAUUGGGUGGUGUUGUGAACUCCAAGCUGAAGGUUUACGGCACCAAGAAUCUACGGGUGGUUGACGCUGGUAUCUUUCCUUUGAUCCCUCGUGGAAAUAUUCAGGCUACGGUUUUCGCAGUUGCAGAGAAGGCAGCCGCAAUUAUUGCUGCUGAUGCGAAGCUUUGA